CAAAAUGAUCUGUGGAUCCCCGUGUAACGGUCUCCUUUAAACCAACAAACAAAACAGCUCUACAUUUCUGAUUCUCUAUCUUCCCCUGCAAAUCGUCUCUCUCUCUGUAAAAUUCUUUCUGAGGAAAAAGUCUCUGUUCCAAUUAAACCCUAACCCUAGAAUUUGUAUCAGAAGUAGGAUUCCUUCGAUUAGUCGAUUACCAUGCACCGUAUAUUUGGUCAAGAGCAGAGUAAUGCAAGUAAUGCGAACAGUCGUUUGGGGUUUUUGAGAGAGAGAAGGUGCUUGGCUCCUCUGGCCAUGAACGGAGAUGAUUUUGAUGAUACUCUCGUAACACGUUCACUUUCGUAUUACAAAAUACCAAAGCAGCUCCUCAAACUCUCUGUUCUCAAGCUUGAUGGUUCUCAAUUUGAUGUUCAUGUUGCUAAAAAUGCUAAAGUAGAAGAACUCAAACAAACCAUAGAGGAACUUUUCACUUCCUCGCCAAAGGAACCUGAGGACAAGAUUUCAUGGUCACAAGUAUGGGGUCACUUUUGUUUGUGCUACGAAGGUCGGAAAUUGAUUAAUGACAAGGCAAGCAUUGAAAGUUUUGGGAUCAAGGAUGGAAAUCAGAUUCAAUUUAUUAGACAUAUGUCCAUCAACUGUUUGUCUCCUAGAAGAAAAUCCAAAAACCAUAGUGGUACUUGCAAACGAGAUUCGACGUUAUCUCGAGAAUCAAAUGCUUAUGAAGAGAGCGGACAGACUAAUUCAGAUGAUACUAACGAGGAUGAUAAUCAAGAGCAAUUCAAGCACUCGUCAUACGAAGAUCAGGAGGAAAUUCCAUUGCCAGAGUUCAAGUUAGCCAAUUUCUUGAGAGGGUGGCUUUCUUACUCCAGACUAUGGGGUACUUCUAAAAAGGUAUCAGAAGGCAGGAAUCCACCAUCAAGAUUUGCCCGCCAUUUCUUAGGAGGAACACCCAGGAUGAUUAGACUUUAAUGCUAUAAGAUGUGAUCAUCUGUCUUGCCAACAGCAGCAUUGGGCUCUUAUUUGAUGUUGGUCUAAGAUGAUCUGAAGACUCCCGAGCCCUUAUUAUAGGCUUCUAAUGCAGUGUUUCAAUAACUUGCAGAACUGGCU